AUGGGGCUGGGCCCCCCGCAGGCGGCGCGGGGCCCUCCAGGGGUGUCGCUGUGCCCCCUGCGGGCGGCGCAGCGGCCUCCAGGAUGCCCACGCCGGCGCCUGCAGCACGCACUUCCCAUGGUGUGCGCGAUGAGCAGGGUCACCAUGCCGCUCCUCCUCCACCUCGUGCUCACGUCCGGCCUCGUCCCCGACCCGCCGUUCGCCUCCUCCUCGCCAAAUCCUCGUCGCCCGAGCGCUCGAGGAGAGGAGCUCCGCGAGCACCCGCGCCCGCUUCCGUCGUCCUCCGUGCCGUCUUCGUCGAGCGCCAGCAGCUCAACCCCGAGCCUCUCCACGCGCGCCCGCAACCAUCGCUUCACCCCCACAGGCGCGCAGCCGCCCCGUGGCCCCUGUGUUCCUCGCCCCGCCGUCGCACCAUCUUCUUCACCUCCUGCCGCGAGCUCCGCCUCCCAUGGCGUGCUGCUGUCGACUCCACCUCACGCAACCUCCUGCCUCGUCCUCGUUCCCGCGCCGCUCGUCGCCAGAAGCCAGCGGGAGAAGCCCCGCCUCCGCUCAAGGGCCCCGUGGCAUCCUCUGCUGCACAUCCACUGGCCGGCGACCUCACCUGAACCUCGCCAGCGAGCAGCCCGCCAGGACAGGCUAGUCCCGCUCGGAACCAACCUCCUCCACGCGCCAAGUCCCGCGGCCAUCGCCCCUGCAUCGUGCCAAGUCCCUGCAUCGCACCCCUAUUGCUGUUGA